AAAACAAAGAUUUGUGUUUAGGGUUUGAACUACGAGAGAAGGAAGAGAUGCACAGAGACUAUAUUCAUAUUUUUGGCUUUAAUGAAAGUGCUGUCGGAGCUAUCCGAUAAUGUGUAAAACGCUGAACCUUCGUCUCAUUCCCUCGUCAGCACCCUAGCAAAGCGCCACAUGCUUUCUUCAUACACAUUCAAACAGCUUUUCCUCAUAAUCUUUUUGCAACUUUUGGCUUCCUUUUAAACUCACACCGCCACAGUUGUCUUUUUGUCAUGAACGUGAGUGUGACCGAUAUCUUGUUAUUUGAGUUGGGAUUUUGAUCUUUUUUUUUUCUUUUGCAAAGAGCCAUUGUUGUUUUGCAGGCAUACCCUUUCUAAAUGUCUGGUUUUUGAUUGGAGGGAGGGGAUAAUAGGAUUCUAAUCCAGCUUUCAUGGAGGUGUUUUUAGAACUUGUGAACGUACCAUUUGUUUUGGCUUUACUAACAUGGAUUGCCAUACAUAUUUUGAGAUUUCGUAAUGGUGGUCGUAGUCAUAGUGAUGUUAUCCCAGAUUUUAAACACAGAGUAGGGAUAAAAGCAAGGGUUUUUGGGGUUAUAAUUGUGCUAUCUAAUGUUAUCAUCUUUAUUUUGAACUUGGGUUUUGGUUUUUAUGUUUAUUGGAAUCGUGGUUUUGUGUCUACAAAACAUGUAUGUUCAUCCAUCACUUGGUUUCUAGCAAGUUCAGUUUCGUUAUGUUCAAAGAACAGAACUUUCAUGGAGCAAAAAGGGUGGCCUUUAGUUUUGGUACUUUGGUGGGCGUUUUCCGGCAUCCUUGUGACGUUUUCGGUAUCGGUUUACAUUAUGCAUCGCUUCAAAUCCAUGGAACUGCCUCAUCAUUUUCCGGAAGCCGACAUUGUUGAUGUUGCUUCUUUGCCUUUGUUGAUGAUGUUGCUUUUCUGCUGCCUACUAUCUUUUGCUGUUGGUGAAAACGGUGAUCUUCGACGUCGGUUGCUCGAUAAAGAGGAUGAAAUUUCCUUGAAAGAUACUGCUGCUGCUACUUUUGUUACUGCUAGCAUAUGGAGUCAACUCACUUUUCGAUGGCUAAACCCCCUUUUCGAGAGGGGUCGGAUUGAAAAACUUGAGCUGCACCAUAUUCCUUCGGUUCCGGAAUCGGAAACCGCGGAUAACGCAUCGUCGUCGCUCGAAGAUUCGCUUCGAAAACAUAAAGCAGAAUCUUAUAUAUUGCCAAAAGCAGUAGCUCGUACCAUAUGGAAAUCCCUGGUUGUGAAUGCAGUUUUUGCAGGACUCAACACAGUUGCCUCCUAUAUUGGACCUUUCCUUAUCACUAGCUUUGUGAAUUUCUUAACUGAGAAAUAUGAUGGUUCAAGCUACCAGUAUGGGCUGUUUCUUGCAUUUAUCUUCUUCUUUUCGAAGACUGCAGAAUCGCUAACACAACGGCUGUGGUACUUCGGUGCUCAUAGAAUUGGAAUAAGGGUUCGUGCGGCUCUAACGGUAUUGAUUUACAAAAAAUCGAUUUCAACUAAGUUUGUUGGUCCCAGCAAUGGUAAAAUCAUAAACCUCAUCAAUGUGGAUGCUGAGAGAAUAGGAGACUUUUGCUGGUACAUUCAUGGAGUGUGGCUGCUACCGAUCCAAGUCUUUCUGGCCUUGGUUAUACUAUAUAGGAAUAUGGGUGCGGCUCCGGCCUUUGCAGCCGUCUUUGCUACGAUUUUGGUGAUGGUGAGUAACACUCCGUUAGCCGGUAGGCAAGAGAGGCUUCACUCCAAGAUCAUGGAAGCCAAGGAUUCGAGAACGAAAGCAACUUCGGAGACUCUAAAAAGCAUGAGAGUCCUGAAAUUACACUCAUGGGAACCCACUUUUUUGAAGAAGCUUCUUCAACUUAGAGAAACAGAGAGAAGUUGGCUUAAGAAGUAUCUAUAUACAUGCUCAGCUAUUGCCUUCUUAUUUUGGGCUUCACCGACUUUAGUGUCCGUCGUCACAUUUGGUGUCUGUGUUCUGGUAAAAGCACCAUUAACAUCCGGGACCGUACUUUCAGCCAUAGCAACUUUUAGGAUCCUACAAGAACCUAUAUACAACCUUCCAGAACUCAUUUCCAUGAUUGCUCAGACAAAAGUCUCAUUUGAUCGAAUACAAGAGUUCCUUGGAGAAGAAGAACAAAGGAAGGUCAUAUCUACACAUAGUGCAAGAGCAUCUAAUGUUGCUAUCGAAAUCGAGACAGGAGAAUAUGCUUGGGAAACAGGUGGCCAAGAGAUAAAGAAACCAACCAUCAAAAUCACCAACAUGUUGAACAUAAUUGAAGGUAACAAGAUAGCUGUAUGUGGCUCUGUUGGCUCCGGUAAAUCAAGCUUACUUUGCAGCAUACUAGGUGAGAUCCCAAGGAUUUCGGGUGCACCCAUUAAGGUUGAUGGGAAAAAGGCUUAUGUUCCUCAGAGGUCUUGGAUUCAAACAGGCAGUAUCAGAGAGAAUAUACUAUUUGGGAAGGACUUGAAGAAAACUUUCUAUGAAGAUGUUCUCGAAGCAUGUGCGUUGAACCAAGAUAUCGAGACGUGGGAUGAUAGAGAUAUGAGCGUCGUGGGAGAGAGAGGGAUCAAUUUGAGUGGAGGCCAGAAGCAGAGGGUUCAAUUAGCAAGGGCUGUUUACAGUGAUUCUGAUAUUUAUAUCCUAGAUGAUCCUUUUAGUGCAGUUGAUGCUCAUACAGGAACACAUUUGUUCAAGAAAUGUCUCAAAGGAUUGCUGUCUCAUAAGACUGUCAUUUAUGCUACACACCAACUGGAAUUUUUAGAUGCUGCAGACAUUGUUCUGGUGAUGAAAGAUGGCCUCAUUGUUCAGUCUGGAAAAUAUGAGGAGUUGAUAGCUGAUUCUGAUGGUGAACUUGUGAGGCAGAUGAAUGCUCACAGGAAAUCACUAGAUCAAGUGAACCAACCCCGAGAAGACGUUGCCGGGCAGUUCCAAAUAACUCGAACCGAAGUCAUAGAAGAAAAACAUGAAGAACCCAAUUGCUAUGACAAGCUUCUUGAAAGGAGUCAAGAAGAAGAAACCGAAACCGGUCGGGUCAAAUGGAGUGUUUACUCAACCUUUGUUACUGCUGCUUAUAAGGGAGCUCUUGUGCCAGUCAUCCUUCUUUGUCAAGUUCUCUUCCAGGGGCUGCAGAUGGGAAGCAAUUACUGGAUUGCUUGGGCAACUGAUGACAUUCACAUUGUAUCAAGACAACAGUUAAUAGGCAUAUUUGUUUUGCUGUCUGGUGGAAGCUCCAUUUUUAUACUAGGAAGGGCAGUUUUGCUGGCAACUAUCGCCGUUGAGACCGCUCAACGUCUUUUCCUUGGAAUGAUAACAUCUGUUUUCCGGGCACCGAUUUCAUUCUUUGACUCCACUCCAUCUAGUCGAAUCCUCAGCAGGUCUUCUACGGAUCAAAGCACAUUAGACACAGACAUUCCUUACAGGGUAGCCGGGCUGGCAUUUGCUUUGAUUCAGCUGUUCAGUAUCAUCAUCCUUAUGUCCCAUGUUGCUUGGCAGAUCUUUGUUCUUUUCCUUGUUGUCCUCGGUAUAUCCUUCUGGUAUCAGACCUAUUAUAUUACGACUGCUAGGGAGCUAGCCAGGAUGGUUGGGAUUCGAAAGGCUCCUAUUUUGCAUCAUUUCUCGGAAUCUAUAGCAGGGGCAGCAACAAUCCGUUGUUUCAGCCAGGAAGACAGGUUCAUGGAGAAAAACCUGAACUUAAUCGAUGAUUACUCUCGUGUAGCUUUCCAUAACUCUGGCACAAUGGAGUGGCUGUGUGUUCGAAUCAAUUUUCUUUUCAACUUCGUUUUCUUCUUAGUUUUGAUCAUCCUGGUGAGCUUGCCUCGGUCUGCCAUUGACCCCAGCAUGGCAGGAUUGGCAGCUACAUAUGGCUUGAACUUAAACGUACUGCAGGCAUGGGUAAUAUGGAACUUAUGCAACGUUGAGAAUAAAAUGAUAUCAGUCGAAAGAAUUCUCCAAUUCUCAAACAUACCUAGUGAAGCUCCCUUGGUGAUCGAGGAUUGCAGACCGAAGCCCGACUGGCCAACACAAGGAAGAAUCGAACUCGAAAACCUUCAGGUGCAAUACAAGCCUACACUUCCUAUGGUUCUUAAGGGUAUAACUUGCACUUUCCCUGGUGAAAAGAAAAUCGGAGUUGUUGGCAGAACAGGAAGUGGGAAAUCCACUCUGAUUCAGGCUCUCUUCAGGGUGGUAGAGCCCUGCGGAGGACAGAUUAUGAUCGAUGGAGUAGAUAUUUCGACCAUCGGUCUGCAGGAUUUGAGGUCCAGAUUGGGAAUAAUCCCACAAGAUCCAACAUUGUUUCAAGGCACCAUAAGGACCAAUCUGGAUCCAUUGCAACAACACACAGAUCAUGAAAUCUGGGAGGUCCUCAACAAAUGCCGUCUUGUAGACAUGGUGCGACGGGAUCAUCGACUUCUUGACGCUCCAGUGGCUGAAGACGGAGAGAAUUGGAGUGUUGGAGAAAGGCAGCUUGUUUGCCUGGCAAGGGUGCUCCUAAAGAAAAGGAGAAUUUUAGUGUUGGAUGAGGCUACAGCUUCCAUUGAUACAGCCACAGACAAUGUAAUUCAGGAGACAAUAAGGAAUGAGACAAGCGGGUGUACGGUCCUCACCGUGGCACAUCGAAUACCAACCGUUAUCGACAAUGAUUUGGUUCUGGUUCUUGAUAAAGGACAAAUAGUGGAAUACGAUACGCCGGAUAUAUUACUCGAGGACAAUUCUUCUUCAUUCUCGAAGUUGGUGGCCGAGUUCUUGAGAUCAUCCAAGAGCAACCACCAUAAGAAUCCGGCUUGAUGGAUGGACAGAUAUGAUAUAUGAACUGCCUAACAUGUGAAAAGCAUUCAAUUGAUGGAGAGUAUGGACCAAAAUGAAAGCUUUUAGAACUUGCAUGGAAGAUUUCUUUGGAUGAAUCCUGAAGAUCAACUUUCUGGGGAAGAUUUAGUCAGUAGGUUUGAGAAAAUAUGAAGAAAAAGCUUGAGUAUUCAUCAUCCUGGAGGAACAUUGACACUUGAACCUUACAAACCACCUGCUGAUCCUUAACAAUUUCUAGCGGUUACAUGCUCCACCGCCAUUAACAAAGGAAUAGUUGUACAUUUUUAACUUACAAGGCCCAGUUAUCUUCAUUAACAAGCCUCAGGAAAUACAUGCCCUAUUUAAUGAAAGCUCUCACAUUAUAUUCAUUUAAGGGAAAGAACGAUAAUUAAUCAAUUUACUCAAAUUUUAGGACCCUUCCCAGAGAAAGAGCCCUCCAAAAAUAGGCGUAUGCCACGUUCUGCAGCGAGCACACAGUAUUCUUUAGUAAAAGUCAAAAGAAUAGUUCGCUAUGGCUGCGUGAUUAGCCGGAUUGGAGUUGCAGUUGUUUAUACUGGUUCUAUAGCUCGCGGCGCUGUGUAUUGCCUAUGUGGGAUAGAUGAAA